CCUCCAGGGGGUGCCGAGUUGAGCAGCCAGAGCAAGGAGAGGGGACACCACAUCACUUCACCCAUAAGCUCCCAACGGACAGCACUACUUUGCAAUUGAUGAAUGAAAUUAGGAAGUAACUGAAGAAAAAUUAUUAAGAAAAGUAGAUGAGAGAAACGAAAACGAAUAUUUUAGAGAAAUAGAAGGCAGUUUGACUCUGAGCUCUGUUCCAGUCCCCAGAGGGCAGCUGGCAUUUGCUGAGCACCAGGGAGACAACCAAGCAGGACAUGUGGCUGCUCCCGGUUCUGUUCCUUCUUGUCAUCCAGGGCCACUUCUGCACCUGUGAGGGAAAAAAGGUGAGAGGCACAUUGGGGGGCACACUGACUGUGCGCUGUGCAUACGGUCCGGGAUGGGAAUCCUACAAGAAGUGGUGGUGUCGCGGGAAUGACUGGGAUUCCUGCAACAUCCUUGUGAAAACCACUGGGUCAGAGCAACUAGUGAAGAAGGGCCGAGCGUCCAUCCAGGACAAUCACAGCCGACGCACAUUCACCAUGACCUUGGAGGAUCUCCAGCAGGACGACGCAGACACUUACUGGUGUGGGAUCGAGCAAUUUGGCACUGACGUGGGGAUCGAAUUUUCCGUGAUUGUCAAUCCAGCCCCUGAUCCAACAGACUCUCCCAAGCCUGUAGCGAGAACAACGCUGCCGAGUUGGACUUCCUCUCGUCCAUUUCCUCAGGGCAUCAGCAGCAGCCAGCCCAUGGAUUUGAAUAGCCCGCUAACCAGAUCGGGGACCAUUGCCUCCACUGUGGAAGCAGAGAAAAGAAAGGGUGUACUCUCAUUCCACCAUCGGUCCUCAGCCGCACCUGUAAUCUCUCCUGUGUGGAUCCUCCUGGUAGCUCCUUUCCUUGCCACCCUCGAGUUGCUCUGCCAAGGAUAAAUGACCCUUUCAUCAUUCAGGACUCUGGCCAACAAUGGGUUUCCAAUUCCAGUAAGCAUAAAACCUGGGUUAAACCAAAAAGUUCCAGAGUGUGUCCACAGGGACAAAGACCCCCUGAUGGGCCAGCUGCACAGAGUUCCGCCAAUUCCACCUUCUGCUGCAUCAGCGCCUCCAAGAAAGAAUUCCUUGAAUGUAAAAGAUGGAAAGCAGGGUUGGACCAUCGCCUGACCCACAUCUGACCUGUUUGCCCUUUACAUUUCCUAUGAAAUCUGUGGCUUUCUUUGCUCUUUUGAGAUUAUUUGGGGGGACACCAUUUCAAUGUUUUAUAUGUGAGAGGACGACCCUUCCAUUCUAGAGGGCGGGAAAUGACUCUAAAUCCAACGCUAGAAUCCGAAUGUGUCCGGGAAA